AAGCGGCUUAGUCAUUCAACCCACACAAGUGCGCAACUUUGAGAUUUACGAAAUUCGUCUCUUAUCCUAAUUCAAUCAAUCAACCACGAAACUACUAACACAACAGCAGUCCACCUAAGUUCUCACCACACAACAACCGUCACCAUGAGAACUUACGACGACACCUUCUCUGGCCAGAGAAUCUACCCUGGCAAGGGCAAGCUCUACAUCCGAGGCGACAGCAAAAUCUUCCGAUUCCAGAACGGCAAGUCCGAGUCCCUCUUCCUCCAGCGAAAGAACCCCCGCCGAAUCUCAUGGACUGUUCUCUUCCGACGACAACACCGCAAGGGUAUCUCUGAGGAAGUGGCCAAGAAGCGCACGCGCCGCACCGUCAAGUCCCAGCGAGCCAUCGUCGGCGCCUCUCUUGAUGUGAUCAAGGAGAAGCGAUCGAUGCGACCGGAGGCCCGCAACGCCGCCCGCGCCGCCGCCAUCAAGGAGUCCAAGGAGAAGAAGGCCGCCGCCGCCGCCGCCAAGAAGUCCGAGAAGGCCAAGACCGCCGCCUCCAAGGGCCAGACCCAGCGCAUCGUCGGAAAGCAAGGCGCGAAGGGUGCCCAGCAGAAAGUCCAGGCCAAGACCCGUUAAGCCGUCGCCUGUGAUUUUCUAGUCUGGGGAGGUGGGGAAGAGAGCAAGCGGGAUGGACAUCAGAUGGAUGAUACGGACGAUUGGGAGAGGACAUGACUUUCGAGGGGAGAGAUAUAGUGCAUAUCACUAGUGUUGCCUCUUGCGUCUGGCGGCGUCUUCGGUGGGAUAUUUCCUCGAUUGCGAAUAAAAGAAACCUCACACACACUUACACGCAUAUGCAAUUACAUCUUGUUCGGUUGGGGGCAAUGCAUGGAAUGUCUCAUGGGUCAUGGGAAUUCUAAACCUGGUAGCUUCAUAAUACCAGUUCGUUCUACGGUCUGAAAAUUACGUCUCGCGGGAUUGUUUUUUUAUCUUUCUUUUUACCGUUACCGGAUUACCGUUUAUGCCUUCUUCAACUUAUCCCUUAAGUUGCUUACCCAUGCCAAGUCGUCGUACCUAAUUUAAGGUAUGUAUGACUUAACGACAAUAAUCGCGCGGCUAAAAAGGGUAAACGAUUUAGACGCUGCGGAUAACCACACCAAUGAACAGGUACCAUAUUUA